AUGUCAUGCGGAGACAACUCCACCAUCCGCGUUGUCGAUGGCUCUGUCUCCAAAGUCGCUGGUUUUGGCUCCGUGCGCAUCACCCAAAACAUUCUACUCCGAUCCGUGCUUCAUGUUCCUACUUUAAAUUGCAAUUUAAUAUCCAUCGAAAAGUUGACUAAUGAUCUGAGGUGUAUUGCUAAAUUUCUCCCUAUCGCGUGUGAAUUUCAGGAUGAGAACUCGGGGACGACGAUUGAUAAUGUUGAGAUGAAAGGUGUUAGGUCCAUCCGACCUCCACUCAGGUACAAACACACGAUACAUCUGAUCUCCAACUUUGUGUCCUACAUCUCCAACUUUGUGUCCAAUGAAAGACUAUGUUCAACUUACCGAGCUUAUGUCACUGCAUUCAACAAUACACAAGUCCAAAACACCAUUGAUGAAGCUCUCAAACACCCGGGAUGGAAAGCGGCCAUCAAUGAAGAGAUAAGAGCUCUACAAAAGAAUGGUACAUGGACUGUUUCAUACCAGACUGUUUCAUACCUGUCAAAGGGAAAGAAAGCAAUCAGCUGCAAAUGGAGCUUCAAAGUCAAACACAAGGCAGGUGAUGCAAUUGAGAGAUUAAAAGCACGUCUCGUAGAAAAAGAUUUUCACAGUCCUACUGUAUUGAUUACCAAGAAACCUUUGCCCCCGUGA